UUUAGGAUCAUUAGUGAAGCAAGAUCAACUGCGAUGGCAUGGUUGUUAGUUCAUCUCCAUCUUUGCAACGAUGUAGAGGAUGCUUCUCCUUGCCAUUCGCGGCCAACACCCCUGGUACUAUUUAAAAUUGCAGGAGCUCAUAAGCUUACUCCAGAACGAUCAAUGUCAAUUUUUCAUUACGCAUUGUUUCAACGACAAGUACCCACUUCGUCCAUCAAAAGUUGGCCUUCCCACCCGGUCUCUUAUCUUGCGCUUUUCUUCAUACUAGAUUUGACUUCAUUUAUACCAGACAAUGCUAUGGGUAUGGUUGAGCUUCCUAGUUUGUCUUUGUUCGACCGUGAGGUGUGCUUACGGUGGUCCUAAUAUCUAGUAUUAUAAUAUACUUCUUCAUAGCUACCAUUCCAUAAAUAAAUUUGUCGAAUUAUACUAGCACAGAGUCUGAGAUGAUGAUCAAGACCCUGAGUGGCUUGAUCCGUCUUUUUUCUUAUCGAAAAACCAACUUUAUUUGGCUUUCAUCAUUUCUUCAAGCGUUGAAAUUUCAAAAAAAAAAUGAACUAAAAAAACGGAUGAUGUAUUUACAGGAACUAGUUCUACGCAAGUAGUACAACUAGAUAGAUAUCCUGGAGGCGCGCUCUUAGUCAUAACCUUGUCAUUUAGUUUCACCACUUAGAUCUACUGCUCGAAGUUCUUGUGUCUACUUGAAACUUAGAUCUACUUGGAGUUGUGUCGACUCAUUUUUAUUCUAAAUAGAUGAGGUAAGGGCUUCCGCGCGCUAAAAAGUUCUUUCACCUCGUCGUGUUGUUUUCUUGACGCCAGUGAACAAAACCAAAAUUGUUUGUUGUUUCUUCUACUCCUUUGUGUCGCCCUCAUCGACAUCGAUCAUCGUCGUCGUCCUCGUCGUGGUGGCAACCAACACAGCGGGCAACUCUUAGGGGCGACAUUGAUGCUGCAAUCUGGAGCGUAGAGGUGCGUGCGGCAGUCGCAGCUGCGGGGAGGUCGGUGCCGGCAGGUACACCGGACAACACUGGGAUCAUCACCCUUUCGGCGUUCUCGGACUACAAAAAAGUGCCCUGCGGAGGCAACCUGAUUGACUGACUGCUACACAUGCAUGUGGUUGCCCACCACGCCAAUACCAUGAUCGACAAUUGUGGCGACCUUCAACAAGAAUUGCAGCCGCUACAUUUUUGAGAAGAUCAUCCGUCACUUUUGUGGCAACACUCGAAUCUUGUUGAAGUUGAUAAAAG